GGCACGUCGACUGGACUGGUUGGAGCCAUACCACAUACCACUCCUGCCAGGCUGGACUGGUUGGAGAGUUGGACCCUCUUGGAGUCGUUCACCGGAGUCGGAGCAGUCGACGCGUAACGGCAUUGGCAUAACCGAUUCUCGUGUUGUUUGUAUUGCACGCGGUGCUACUCGCUGCUUCUCGUUCGCUCCGAUUAGAGUGCGAGUGUUGAGCCGUUGAGUAAGUUGAGUUUGGUUGAGAUUCGAUCGAAUCGUUCGUUCCUGACUGUGAGAAGCUGACUCCUCGUCGUCAACGGAAUCGCUCCUGCCGUGCCUGGUUAAUCAACGUGCGAAACCGUUAACAAUGGCAUCGCACGUAACGGACUUUUACAACGGUAAGAACGUAUUCAUCACCGGCGGCACCGGUUUCGUCGGCGUCUGCCUGAUAGAGAAGCUCCUACGAUGCUGCCCGGACAUCAAGAACAUUUACCUGCUGAUGCGGCCGAAGAAGGGAAAGCAGAUCGCGGAGAGAUUGGAGGAAUUGACGAAAAACUCAGUCUUUAACAGAUUAAAGGAGGAGAAGCAAACCGAUUUAUUUAAGAAACUAAUCGCAGUUGCUGGGGACGUUGGGGAAGAAAAUUUGGGAUUGUCCUCGCAAGAUCGAACAACCUUGAUAAAUAAAGCGGAAGUAGUUUUCCAUUCAGCCGCUACGUUGGACUUUGAAGCUGAUCUAAGAAGCACGACAAAUAUUAACUUGUUAGGAACUCGCAGGAUUGUUCAGCUCUGCCGAGAGAUCAAGGAUCUCAAGGCGCUAGUUCAUGUCUCUAGUGCGUACGUUAAUUCAGUGUUGCACGACGUCGAUGAGAUAGUGUAUCCUGCGCCAGCGGACGUGAAUUCAUUUCUCAAGCUGAUCGACAGUCUGGAUGACGCUACUUUAAAUUCCAAAACGCCAGAAAUAUUAAACGAUCAUCCAAAUCCUUAUACGUUUACCAAACAUUUGGCCGAGCACGAAGUAGUAAAUGGAGGCCUUCCAUCGACUAUCGUUCGUCCUUCGAUGAUAAUAGGAGCGUGGAAAGAGCCAGUUCCCGGAUGGACAAUAUCGAAGAACGGACCGCAGGGUUUUAUAUUAGGCGCUAGUAAGGGCAUUGUGAGAAGGUUGCCAGUUGCAAAGCAUCUCGUUUACGAUUACAUUCCAGUAGAUAUAGUAGUAAACAGUCUGAUUGUCGCAGGUUACAAUGUCGACCGUGACAGCGACAAAGGAUUAAAAGUGUACCACUGCACAUCUAGCACGUGUAAAGCUUUCAAGUGGGAGCUCGUAGAAAAGGACAUUAACACCUAUUUACACAAGUAUCCGUUACGAAGCGCCGUUUGGUAUCCAUAUCUCAAGUUUCUACCGUCGCUCUUCUUAUUUAGAAUCUCGGCCAUCUUCGUUCAUUUUAUUCCCGCUUACAUUUUGGAUGCAAUCACAAGAUUAUGCGGAGGCCGUCCUAUUCUGGUUCGUUUGCAUACAAACGUUAAUAAAUCGUUGGGGCGCCUUGAGAAAUUUAUCUUUCAAGAAUGGAGAUUUAACAAUCCGCGUUUGCUGCAAUUGCACGAAUCGUUAUCGCCAGAAGAUCAAAAAAUAUUUAUACUCGACAUUAGAUCGUUAGUCUGGAACGACUAUUUUACAGAUUUGAUACAAGGUGUCAGAGCGUAUCUUCAUAACGAAUCUCCGAAAUCAUUACCGAAAGCACGCUCCAAAGAUAAAAUACUUAUGAUUGCUCAUCUGGGCUUGCAAGCUUCUCUGUUAGGUUUGAUCUGGUGGCUCGUUAAAGUUUUAUUCGCUACAACGUGGACAAAAACUGGUUUAGUGGUACCAAUAACAUAUUUGCUUUUCGAUCAAUUAUAAAUGUAAUACUCUAUUUAAAUCUAAUAAUCUAUAAACGUAAUGCUACUUUUCUCAAUUAUUCAUAUACAGAAUUUAUACAUAAAAUUAAUUUUUUAUACACAGAUAUAUAUGCACAUACGUAUGUCAUAUACUCUUUAUAUCUAGAUUUUUUUAUAUCAAC